AAGCGGCAAUUCAGGCCUGCAUCGUGCGUAGCGAUAUUCCCGGAAGUCCAUCGUUUCGCGAAUAUGUCCAAAUUCUGUCUUCAACCUUGAGAGUCGAGCAUGGCGGCCUUCAACAGAGUUGCCCGCAAUGUGCUGCAGAAGAGCCCCAACGACGUGGUUCUGCUAUCCGCGGUGAGAUCACCCAUAAACCGCAGCUUCAAAGGUGGCUACAAAGAUGCCCACCCGGAGGAUAUCUUGAUGCCGGUGAUGAAAGCUGCGGUACAGCGAGCCCAGGUCGAGCCAAAGGACGUCAACGAUGCCAUGAUCGGGAACGUUCUGGCCGAGCUGGGUUUCGCGAAGACGGGACGAAUGGCUCUCAAUCACGCGGGAUUUCCGAGCUCAACCACAUUCCACACUGUCAACCGCCAGUGCUCGAGCAGUCUCCAGGCCAUUACCCACAUCUCACACUCGAUCAUGGUGGGUCAAAUAGACGUCGGACUUGCCGGAGGUGUAGAGUGCAUGUCAAGAAACUAUGGCUCGCGAGGUAUCCCUACGGAUGUAUCACCAGCGCUGCUGGGCUCUACGGUCAAGGACGCCCGGGACUGCCUCAUGCCCAUGGGCAUCACAUCGGAGAACGUGGCGGAGAGGUAUGAUGUGGACAGGAAAUCGCAAGACGAAUACGCCGUCCGGAGCCAUGGGCGGGCAAGCCGGGCGCAGAAGGAGGGAAGAUUCGACUGGGAAAUCGUCCCGGUCACUGUCCAACGGACGGAUGAGGCAACGGGCCAGCCAGCGGGGUUUGAGGUGACAAAGGACGACGGCAUCAGGCAUGGCCUGACGUACGAGAAGGUGGCCACGCUGAAGCCGGUGUUUGGGGAGAAUGGCAAGAGCACCGCGGGGAACUCGUCUCAAAUCUCCGACGGCGCAUCAUCCGCCAUUUUGGCGCGACGCUCGUGGGCAGAGGAACGCGGCCUGAAGCCGCUGGGACGCUUCGUGGGCACGCAGGUCAGUGGGUGCGCGCCCGACGAGAUGGGCAUCGGGCCGGUGUUUGCCAUUCCGGCGCUACUCAAGUAUACGGGGACAGAGCUGAAGGACAUUGAUAUCAUUGAGCUGAACGAGGCUUUCGCGAGCCAAACGCUUGCGUGCAUGCGGGAACUUGGGCUGGACGAAGAGAAGGUCAAUCCCAACGGUGGAGCGAUUGCGCUGGGGCACCCCACCGGCGCCACUGGAGCUCGCCAGACGGCGACGCUCUUUGGCGAGCUGCGCAGGCAGGACAAGGAGCUGGGCAUCGUCAGUAUGUGUGCUAGCACCGGGCACGGGGUUGCCUCGCUGUUCAUCAGAGAGUCAUGAUGCAAAAGUAGGAC